AUAAAAGGAGACACCGUGGCUCGACAGGGCAGCACAUCACCGUUGAUACUUUAGGGCGAGUACUGGUUGGAAAAUUCACAUUCUAUCUGCCAGCAGCGCUUUUCCACGUGACUAACCAUGAGAACGAUAAUCAUCUUCGCUACAAUCUGCACCCUGGCCAUCGCAGAGCCCGGAUACGUGGCUCCAGUGAUACCUUACAGCUACCUCAGAGUGCCAUUAGCCUACGACGGCCACGUUUUGGACACGCCGGAAGUGGCACAGGCGAAAGCAGCGCACCUCGCGACUCAGGCGUACGAGGCGGCCAGGAACACACUCAGCUAUGCUCACGUGCCGGCUCUCUUACGUAUUUAUGCACCUGCACCUGGUGCGCCCAUAGGCGCCGAUGGUCGUGUCGUCGAUACACCUGAGGUCGCGCAGGCGAAAGCUGCUCACUUGACUGCUCACGCGUUGGAGGCUGCGAAGAAUCUAGGACUCUAUCCAUACGGUGCCCUGGCUUACGCCUCAACACCUUAUGCUUAUGGAUUUGGAUAUGGUGCUCCCCUUGGUCCUGAUGGUAGAGUAGUGGACACUCCGGAAGUUGUUCGAGCGAAGGUAGCUCAUUUUGCAGCACACGCUGAUGCGGCCGCAAAAACUGUUGAAAAUCUCUGAUUGCCACUGAGAGGA